AUGAGAAGGCUUCUGCUUUUGACUCUCCUGGCUCUCGGAGCUGCCGACAUCGGUUCCAUUGCCUUAGAAAGUCCCUUGAAGAGACUGGUGGCAGAGACCUUGACCUUGCUCUCCACUCAUCGGACUCUGCUGAUCGGCGAAGGGAACCUGAUGAUUCCUACUCCAGGACAUAAAAAUUACCAACUAUGCAUUAAAGAAGUCUUUCAGGGGAUAGACACAUUGAGGAACCAAACUGCAGAAGGGAAUGCCGUGGAAAAACUCUUCCAAAACUUGUCUUCAAUAAAAGACUACAUAGAUGGCGAAAAAAAAAAGUGUGAAGGGGAACGAUUGAGAGUAAAAAAGUUCCUAGACUACCUGCAAGUAUUUCUUGGCGUGAUAAACACUGAGUGGACAAUGGAAAGUUGA